GAACGGAAUCCUAUUAAGAGGCUUUGUAGAUAAUGGGCUUUUCUUUUGCUCCUGGGUCCAGAUUCCAGAGGGCUUUGCAUCUUCCACCUUCCCGAGCGACGCAUCUUCCCCGAUUUCUCGACUCAAUUCCUACGCCAAGCAAAUCUAAAACCCUAGAGCAAAGCAGUCGUCCUUUUCCGCCGUCGUCUUCCCGCGUGCCAACAAACGACUAUGAUACUAGAGAAACUAGCAUCAUUUACCAAAAUCCCACCUUGCCCGGACGAGUCGCCACGCCACUGAAUUGAUCCGUAACCGGCAUUGAUACUUAACUCUGCUCCUCGACGCCAACUCUGUUCCCCACCCCUUUUACGGUCAGGAAACCCAGGAAUCCGAAAUGGCCGCUUGCCCAUCUAGCAUCAGGCUCUCGCAAGCUCUUGAUUUUCACAGAGACGUCACCAUCAGCCGGGCAUGGCGUCCGAAUCCGACGAUCCGCCCCAGGUUCAGAACCUCAGCCUUCCCGUCCGUCAAAAAUCAGAAACUAGGCAUCGUUAUGAGUAUGUCUGGGCCGGACGACCCGACCCAUUCGAGCGGCGUGGCUGAAGUGAUUGGCAAAGAAGUGGGUACUGAUUUCGGGUCCGGGAAGGCUAAUGGGUUACUGGACAGUGGAAGCGAACUGAAGACUGACGGUGGCUCCGGUGGAAAUGGGAGCUUUUCCGGUGGAGGAGGGGCCGGGACCGGUGGCGGAGGAGGUGGCGGCAGCGGCGAUGAAGGGGAGAAAGGCGAAGAAGAGGAUGAUCAGUUUGGGCCGCUUAUGAAGUUUGAAGAGGUGAUCAAGGAGACGGAGGCUAGAGGGGCAACCCUUCCUUCUGACAUGCUGGAGGCUGCAAAGACUGAGGGGAUCCGUAAAUUGCUUCUCUUCAGAUACUUGGAGUUGCAGGGUGCUGGUGGGAUUUUGGGCUUUCUGAUGGAGUCUUGUGCUAUUCUUCGGAAUAGAAUGUUGGCAGAUCCCUCAUUUCUCUUCAAAAUUGGAACUGAGAUAGUAAUUGACACUUGUUGUGCCACAUUUGCUGAAGUUCAAAAGAGGGGCAAGGACUUCUGGGCGGAGUUUGAACUGUAUGUUGCAGAUAUGUUGGUCGGUGUGGUGGUUAACAUAGCUUUAGUUGGUAUGUUGGCCCCUUAUGCACGUUUUGGGAAGUUAGCAGCUUCCAAGGGUUUACUGGGACAACUCCAAUAUGCUUAUGCAGCUCUUCCCAGUAGCGUGUUUGAAGCUGAAAGGCCAGGGUGCAGAUUCUCCACCAAGCAGAGACUUGCCACCUACUUCUUCAAGGCAAGCUUGGGUUUCAUGUACGGGGCAGUCGGGUUUUCAUGCGGUAUUGUAGGCCAAGGCAUAGCAAAUCUCAUCAUGACUGCUAAGAGGAGCAUAAAGAAGUCAGAAGAAGACGUACCAGUGCCACCGCUGGUGAAGAGUGCAGCUCUCUGGGGUGUUUUCAUGGCAGUGUCGUCCAAUACCCGGUACCAAGUCGUUAAUGGAUUGGAAUGCCUUGUAGAGGCAUCACCUCUGGCAAAGAGGAUCCCACCAGUUGCUAUGGCCUUCACCGUUGGGGUUCGAUUCGCCAACAAUGUAUACGGUGGAAUGCAGUUUGUCGACUGGGCUAGAUGGAGUGGUGUACAGUAGUUGGGGUGAGGGGAAUGGUUUAGCAAUCUGUUGUAUCAUCAUUUUUUUAAUGGCUGCAACUGCAAUUAGGUCUUUUCCUUUGCCUAGGUGCAAAUGAAAUGAAAUCGGCAGAUGUAGUAAGUAUUUUGCCUCAAUGAAUGGGUCUUGAUGUCGGCCUUCGUAUUAGGGGUUGGCAUUCGGUCGUUUCGGUCAAGCCUGAACCGAACUCGAUCGAACUUGACUCUAACUACACCUCUAUCAGCAAUUGAGUUUGAACUUAGCUGUAUUUCGGUUAUUUUUACUUUGCACCAGAAACACACUUAUGC